CAGCGCUGAGGGAAAAAGUAGGGAGCUGAGUGUCCGAAUCGCCAACGGAUUCAGGGUACUACAUAGUGCACUACGUAGUCCAGCACUAUGUCGUGAUUGAGGGGUUUGGGCAUAGGGCGUACAUUCGGACACAGCCCAAGCCUUCUAAUAACAUACCUGAGAGAUGCCUCACGGUUCAGAUGAUGCUCGCAAGAGGUUUAUCCUCACCACGGCUGGAAACUUCUACGGGAUAAAACCUUCGUCGUCCCUGACCGACAGUCCAGAGCUCAAUAACUUCUUGGAUGAUGGGAAUGAAUUUGUCCUGUCUUUCAGCAGUCAUGGCAGUGACCUGCACUUGUCAAAUAAGAUUGAAGCUGCGGCCGACAGCAAAGAGAAAGUGUUGGUGUUCUUCAAACUGCAGCCCAUGGUGAUCACGGAAGACAACCUUCAUCAGAGCCUCCUGGUGUCGUCCAUGCUGGAAUCUCCCAUCAACACUCUCUACCAGGCUGUUAAGCAGGUUUUUGCACCUGUACUGCUGAAGGAUGAGCGCUGGCGUUCAACAUUUGACCCAAAGCUGGCGGGCCUUCUGGGUGAGCUGGAGGUCGGGCUGGGCUCAGUGGUUCGUCAGUCUGGAGCGAAGACUUCUGCCAGGAAGGGUCGCAUGGAAGAAGAUGUUCUGGGUAUCUUGACUCCCAGUGAUGAGUUCCAGUACUGGGCUGAUCUCUCUGAGUCUGCCGAGAAAAACGGUGUCAGAGAAAGGGCUUCACAUUUUGCUGAGCUCUUCAAGCCCAUUCAGAAGGAGUAUGGUGGUCUUGACGGUUUGUCCAUGUCGGAUGUCGUGGAUUUGGUGGAGCAAAGCAGAGACUCUCUGGAUGAUGUGUGGCGGCAGACUGAUUAUGAACCUUAUCGUGAGACCCGCAUGGUCCGACUGAUGGAUGUUAUUGGUGGCGCCUUGGGAAGAUAUGUCCAAAGGAAGCUGGGUGAUGUGAACAUUUUUGAGGAGCCAUUUGUGUCAGUGAGAGAGAACCUGAGAAUGGGCAUUUCCAUCUGUGAACAGUGGGUGGUGGCCUGCGAGCAUUUAACCGGGCAGACAUGGAAGAGACAUGCUCCCUGCCCCUGGAAGGGAAACAAGCACUGCCCACAAACCCUGCUUUGCCUUGCAAAACGAUUGAAUGAGUAAACGCAGCAACACCUGGGACAUUUGAGAGCACUUCCUGGUGUCUUCCUCUAAAAGCGUAAUGGAGAAGCUGAUUUCAUUUUCCAGCAGGGCUUGGCAUCUGCCCACACAAAGUUACCAAAAAAUGGUUCAGUGACUGUUGUGUUACUGCUCUUGAUCAGUCAGCAAACUGGUCUGAUCUGAAAAGACACGACCACACCCAAGAAUGCUGAGCAGUGCCACAUUCUGAUCGCCUCCACGCCACAACGCAUUGAUACAGUUAUCAAUAAAAUAAUAUUGAGUGCAUAGAAAUGAACAAACUUAUUUUUUAGAAACAAAUAUUUCUGUAAAAAAAAAGAUCUUAUGCUGUAUUCUUUUUUUCUGAGACGCUCUAGUUCUGUCAUCAUUCAAAUUUCAGGAAAUACAGACUUGAAAUAUUAUUUGUAUGUGUAAUGAAUCUAUAUGAUACAGACUAUUGUUUUCACUUUCUGAAAAAGGGGACAAUAAAUAAUAAAGUUUUCCUUAAAGUUAAC